AUGAGUGGAAACUUCAAACUUAAUAGUCCAAUUCUGGCAGGAAUUCCUGAAUUUAUUGAUAACUGUCAAACUACUAGUUUCGCUGUUACUGAUAAUCUUAAAAAGACCAUCAAAAAAACUCAAGAAAAAGUUGAUAGAAUUGUCAAGGAAUGUUAUGCAAAAAAUCAGAAAUUCCGUGACCGUGAAUUCGAUCUGUUCGUAAAUUCUUAUGAAUGUUUAUAUAAAGAUGCAAAAGAAAAUUGCGCUUACAGCGAUGUUAGAAGAGGAGUCGAGUCAAAUGAUAUUAAUCAUGUGAGUGUUGGAAAUUGUUGGUUUAUUGCUUCAUUAGGUACAAUCACAUGUAUUCCUGGAUUACUCGAAAAAAUUUGUGCUAAACGUGAUGAAAAAUUUGGCAUUUAUGGCUUUAUUUUUUCAAGGGACGGUGAUUGGAUUUCCACAGUUGUUGAUGAUCAACUAUUUGUCAAUGAAAAGGAUGCUAAUGGCAAAUGGAGUUUAUGA